AUGGGCAAUCAACCAAGUCAUUUUGAUUAUUCUCCUCCUACUACAACCUUUGCUUCUACCAGUUACAAUCAUCCUGCUACUACUGCUGGUGGUGGUGCUGGUAUGUCACCUUAUUCUCGCCAUGGCCAUUGGAUACCGCCACCAUCACAUCCCAAUGGCAUGUCUCGACAACAUCAUGGAUGGUAUCAAUCGUCCUCUUAUUACUCUCCAGCAGCAGCUUCCUAUUCCAAUGCAGCAGCUGCUCCUCCACAUGCCAUGAUGGCAAGUAAUCCUGUUGGUGGUGCCGCCGCGGCGAAUGGAUAUCCCUACUAUAGCAAUCAAUACAUGGCACACGGUUACCAUCAUCAUCCUCCUCAUCAUCCGGUUAGAUAUUACAAUGCAGGGCCUCUCCAGCCAUUGUAUCACGGCUUUCGAUAG